AUGCCUGCACCCGCCGGCACGCAUCCAAAUCCGCAGGCCGGGGUAAGGAAUGCCCCUCGGAGAAAUGAUCGACGUCGCCAAGACAAAAAAGCGAAGCCAGAUCACGUUGAACAUGCCACAGGUGGUCAGCCUAAUGCUCGGUUGCGGCGGCUGUUGAGAAUAAGGCAACGGGGCAGGGAGAAGCGCAGGCAAAAGAAGAGAGAGGAGGCACAACAGGCAUUGGAACCAGUACCACCACCUGAGUGGCUGUCUCUAGACUCCAUAACACCGUUAAGCUUCUCAGAUGUGCCGUUGCCAGGACCCUUCAUCCCUACCUUUCCGCUGGCUGGCUCACUGUCGGAAACACAUGCUGUGGAUCGAGAAAUGCCUCUGGAAACAUCCGAGGCCACAGAUCAUAUCAAGUAUCCUAAAGAUGAGACAGCGGUUCAGGGCCCAAAGAUUGAGGGGGACGAAGUUGAUGAAGGUCUCAAUACACUUGACGGUGACGAGUCCGACGUGAGCGACUAUUGGGAUUCCUAUGAGAAAUACCAUCCCGUUAUUCCCUCUCCUUCGGAUGGAGAGCUCGAUAACGGCGUUAUUUAA